CAUGACUACGAUCACAUGUAUACUUCCUCAUUGAAAACAAGUCGGUUUGAACCAUGGUUUGAACAUGUAUACACGGUUAGUGUUGUGCUUUCUCUCUGUCGCUGUGCGUUUGAACACUGCUGACGAGUUCCGCUUCGCCUCGUAUUAUGGCGAUCACAUGGUGCUCCAGAAAGCGCCGGAGCGAGCCGUGCUGUGGGGGUAUGGGGCAAACGGGUCCAAAGUCAGUGUCACUGUCACUUCGGGAGAAGAACAAGGGAGCAGAGCUGAAAAAGCUGCGUAUGUGCAAAACGGAGUAUGGAGGAUCACCCUGGACCCGGUGCAGGCCGGGGGGCCCUAUGAUGUGAUUGCUGUCCUGCAAGGUUCUGCCGACCCCCCGGUCACCUUGACGGAUGUGCUUUUCGGGGACGUGUGGCUGUGCGGGGGACAGAGCAACAUGGCCUACACUCUCUCUCAGGUGUUCAAUGCUUCAGACGAGCAGGCCCUCGCACCCGAAUACAAGCACGUGCGAAUCUUCAUGGCCGCAUUAGAAGUCAGCAAUGAACCUCUGAUGGAUCUUCCCAGGGCAGCGUUGGCCUGGUCUGUCCCCUCUCCAGAGCUGUUGGGAGGUCCGGCCUUCACACACUUCUCGGCAGUGUGCUGGCUGUUUGGGCGGUACCUGUACCAGGUCCUGGGGUACCCGGUGGGGCUGGUGGAGUCCUGCUGGGGGGGGACCCCUGUGGAGGCCUGGUCCUCUCCCCAGGCCCUGCACAAGUGUGGCCUGGAGAAGCAAGAAGAGGUGGACAGCAGUUAUCUGUAUAUACCUGGCACACUUCCUCAUCUCCUGGAAGGGAUGUCUCAAUUUAUGGUUGCAUGGAAAAACUCCGUUCUCUGGAAUGCUAUGAUACACCCUUUGCUGAACAUGACCAUAAAGGGAGCCGUUUGGUAUCAAGGUGAGUCAAACACACGGUACCACCUGGACAAGUACUCCUGCUCGUUCCCCACCAUGAUCGAUGACUGGAGAGCGGCGUUCCACCUGGGCUCAGGAGGACAGACCGCACCAGACUUCCCUUUUGGAUUCGUCCAGAUCUCCACCAAUGUAAGGAGCUCGAGGAGUGAGGGGUUCCCACUCCUGCGCUGGCACCAGACUGCGGAAUACGGCUUCGCCCCAAACCCGCGCAUGAAGAACACCUUCAUGGCUGUCGCCCUGGACCUGCCUGACGACAAGUCCCCUUGGGGCAGUAUCCACCCGCGGGACAAGCAGGACGUGGCCUAUCGGCUGACACUGGGGGCACGAGCCGUGGCGUACGGUGAAAAGGGCGUGUCCUUCCAGGGCCCAUUUCCUGAUUCAGUCCAGCUGAUUGGAGACAGCAUCAACAUCACCUACAAUCAGCCAGUCUCUGUUACCCCCACCAAAUCUGCGUUUGAGAUCUGCUGCACCGAAGAAAAAAAGCCCUGCAACGGCAGUUCAAAAUGGCUGCCAGCUCCCACAAUGCAGUGGGGGGAGAGAUACGUGCAGGUGUCUGUUUCCAGGUGUGAGAGUGUGGUGUCGGGCCUGCGCUACGCGUGGAGUGACUGGCCCUGUGAGUUCAAAGCCUGCCCAGUCUACAGCGCCGACCGAGGGCUUCCCGCCCCGCCCUUCACCCUGAACCGCUGGCCGCAGCCCUGAAACACAGAAUCACUGUUUGUGCAGAUCGGUGCUGGGAAUGUAAAAAAUCUGACCAGUAAAACAAUAGUGCAAUGCUUCAGUUAAGAAAAACGAGAUCAGUGGCUACAUACACUAUGACACUUUAUCAGUUUAAAAUUGUACUGUAAGAUGAUUGUAUGAAUGUUCUCACCUUAUGAGAGCCUUCAAGCUAUUACAAUGCAUCCUGUAUAUUCAAAUAUCACAUAAAUCUUUUUUUUUUUGAUAUUCAAUAAAUAUGGAAAUACCCGGAAAUACCACAUUGAAAACAAUAAAAUGAUAUUUUAAUAA